GCUAUUUCAAUAAUUUAGGUUAUUUAUUUGUGUUAUUUGUCCUAAGUGUUUGUUGUAAUUUGUGAGACAUAUUCCUCUAAAUCGUAUGUGUCACUGGCGUCAACUGUAUAUAAUGUUACGAAGUCUUCUAUAGAAACAAGGUGUCAAGGUCUAAACAUGGAUUUUGGAACCCCUCCUCCGAAUUUGAGCAUGCCUCCACCCGGCAUGGGUGGACCCAUGGGGCCGCCAGGCCGUAACAUUCGCCAUAAUUUCAGACCUUUCAACUAUCAAAUGCGAUUCCCCGCCCAGGGUCCUCUGAAUAUGACUCAAGACGACUUCGAUGGUAAACGUUUACGUAAAUCAGUAAUGCGUAAAACUGUAGAUUAUAAUUCUUCAAUUAUAAAAGCCUUAGAAUGUCGCGUUUGGCAAAGAGAUUGGCGGGACAGGUAUGCCUUACAACCGGAUGCCAUGUACACGCCUGACUUACUACCGCCGCCUUCGUACCCAGAUAAUCCUAUAAAUGCUGUUACCACUCGAUUUGUUAAGACUGCUACUAAUAAAAUGAGAUGUCCUAUUUUCGCUGUUGCUUGGACGCCUGAGGGACGCAGGUUAAUAACAGGUGCUUCAUCUGGAGAGUUCACCCUAUGGAAUGGAUUAACAUUUAAUUUUGAAACUAUUCUACAAGCUCACGAUUCGCCUGUGAGAUCCAUGGUAUGGUCUCACGGUGAAGGUUGGAUGGUGACAGGAGAUCACUCUGGUUUUAUUAAGUAUUGGCAGAGUAACAUGAAUAAUGUAAAAAUGUAUCAAGCUCAUAAAGAAGCAGUAAGAGGUAUUAGUUUUAGUCCUAGUGAUUCAAAGAUAGUUACUUGUUCAGAUGAUGGCACACUGCGGAUAUUUGACUUUUAUAGAUGUCAAGAGGAAAGGAUUUUAAGGGGGCACGGUGCAGAUGUUAAAUGUGUGCAGUGGCACCCAACAAAGGCUCUCAUUGUAUCUGGCAGUAAGGAUAAUCAGCAACCAAUAAAGUUAUGGGAUCCCAAGUCGGGUACAGCAUUAUCAACUUUACAUGCACACAAAUCUACAGUAAUGGACUUGCAGUGGAAUGAAAAUGGCAACUGGCUAAUAACAGCAUCCCGAGACCAUUUGUUAAAACUUUUUGACAUUCGUAAGCUUGGCACUGAGCUUCAAAUAUUCAGAGGCCACAAGAAAGAGGCGUCUAGUGUAGUAUGGCAUCCCACUCAUGAGGGCUUGUUCUGUUCUGGUGGCUCUGAUGGAACUAUCUUAUUUUGGAAUGUUGGUACUGAUAAGGAAGUAGGAUGUAUAGAAGGUGCUCAUGAGUCUAUAGUUUGGACGAUGGCUUGGCAUCCCUUGGGCCACAUACUGUGCUCGGGAUCAAAUGAUCACACAUCAAAGUUUUGGACCCGCAAUCGCCCAGGUGAUCAGAUGAGGGAUAAGUAUAAUCUGAACACAUUACCUCCAGGUGUUCAAGAUGACAAUGAGUUAGAAGAGCCAGCAGCUAUUCCGGGAAUGGGGCCGGAAGACAAGGUUGAAAUAUUUUCAUCUGACACUGAUAAAGUAAUUCCUGGAUUGGAUUUGGAUACAACAAUGAUGCCUAUGGAGUUUGAAAAGAAAGUUAAGAAAGUUCCUUACAGCAAGCCUAUACCGAGAAACUUCCAGGUUCAGUGGAAUCAUGGUCCAACAGUAGAUGAUGCAGCAACAGAAGCUUUAACGCAAGCUCUAGUGGAAUCUGUCCCAGGAGCAGUCCCUUUACAACAACUGACUCCUACUGCUAUAUUCAUUUAUGGAAGGCUUAUAUCAGUAGAGCCAGGAUCAAAACUUGAAAAAGCUAUUAGUGAAGGCCCAAUAUCCUUGAGAAAAUAUAUUGCAACAGGUGAUAUUGAAGAAUUAGAAGAUAUGAUGCCACACCUGGAGCAUGAUGCUGAGGAUGAUAACUUUCUGCAGCCAUUUGAAUAUCCCUCUCAAGAUACCAAUGAGAAUGAAAAUAAUGCAGGUGAUGAUGAAAAUAAUGACAAAAAUGAUUAUGAUAAGGAAGAGUAUUAUGAUAAUGAAAUGGAUACAAGUGAACAAAACCAGGAUGACUACAAUAACUAUGAUAAUGGACCACCAGAUAUGAAUAAUAUGAUGCCAAUGGGAAAUAUGCCUCCAAUGGGAUUCAUGGGACCUCCAAUGAAUAUGGGUCCUCCUAUGGGCCCUCCCCCAAUGGGUCCUCCCCCAAUGCAUGGUGGUGGUAUGCACAUGCCCCCUCCACAUAUGCCACCAAUGGGUAACAUGCCUCCAAUGGGUAAUAUGCCACCAAUGGGUCCUAUGCCUCCUAUGAACAAUAUGAAUACAAGGCCAAUGUUCCCUGAUAAUGGUUUUAAUAAAGGACAUUAUGACAGCAACCAGUCAUAUUCUCAAGAAAAUGAGGAUUAUAAUGAAGAAGAGUCAUAUAAUAAUGAGGAGGAAAAUUACAAUGAUGAAGACAAUAAUAGUGAAGACAAUAAUUAUGGCCGAAACCAAAGAUGGGGUGGUGGUUACAGAGGAAGAGGUCAGGAUAGAAGUCCAAACAGAGGGAGAGGUCAAGAUCGUGGCAGAGGACACGACCGAGGUAGAGGACGCGGUAUGAACGGUUUUGGGGCCCGCAACAUGCGUCGAGGAGGCAACCAACGAGGGUCCUCUUGGAAUCGUCGGGGCAGUGGUGCCAAUCGAAUGUUUCGAAGAGGUGGUAAACAAACUAAUUAAAGUUCAGUAGGAUUUGGUCUGAAAAUGCAUGCUUCAAAGACAAUUAUUUGAACAACUGAUAGUGUUAAGUGCGAGAGAAUAAGUAUGGACAUGUAAGAAGGUUGUAAAUAAUUUUCAAUUACAUCUUGUAUUUCGUUUAAAUGAAUAAAAUAA